GAUCUUCAGUGGUCCCGCUCGUCCUGGUGGGAGUGACUAUGUUAAUCUCCAUCAAACGGAAAGAGACAAAGUGUUGGGGGGCCUCCCUCAUCUGAUUGGGCGCCUUUGUUCUUUCAAAUCGAGGUGUCCUCUGGCCUUUAUUGGCACCAACCGGCCUCUAUGGGGAGAAGACAUCUUUUACAGUAAUGCUGCACUCCCUGCAUGGACUUUGAAAGUGUUGAAACUUGCUGAGAUGAUGGAGUCAUAGUCUAAAGGAAGAUGGCACAGGACUGUUUGAGACAUGACAAAGCAAACAGACUGAGGGAAGAGCUGAGCUGCAUGCUGGUUGGUGAUGGAGCCGUGGGGAAGACCAGCAUGAUCAUCAGCUACAUCUUCAAUGGAUACAACAGCGAGUACAGACAAACAGCUUUUGAUGUUUUCACUGGUUUGGUUCAUGUGAAUGGAUUUCCAACUCGGAUCAAGCUGAUAGAUACUGCAGGACAGGAGGAGUUUGGCCAUCUUCGCUCUCUGUGCUAUGCCCACGUGGAUGUCUUCAUCCUCUGCUUCAGCCUGGUCAGCCCUGUCUCCUUUGACAAUGUCACCUCUAAAUGGAUCCCACAGAUCCGUGCUAGAAACUCGACCUCUCCAAUCAUUCUGGUCGGGACUCAGUCAGACCUUCGCCACAAUGUGGACGUCCUCAUUCACCUGGACCAUCGGAGCACCAAACCAGUACACUUCAGCCGGGCCAGAAGGCUUGCACACAGGAUCAGAGCUCACGACUAUGUGGAGUGUUCAGCUCUGACACAACACAACCUCAAAGAUGUGUUUGACUGUGCUAUAUUCGCUGCCAUCAAGCACAAGCACACUGGCACAAACUCUAAAAGACUCGGCCUGCUAAAACGUUUAAAGACGUUUUGUGAUCGUGGAUGGAGGAAAAUCUUUAGAUUCAUCUGAGGCAGAAACAAAGAGUGGAUUGAAUGUACUCAGCCUGGUGGACAUGGUCUGUUUGUGGAUUUUUAGGACAAAGUUAAGUGCAAUGUGGAUCAUGAAUCAAAGCAACAUAAUUUUAGAUAAUACUGAUACUGCACUGACAUCUGUCCUGUAUGAAAUGUGCCAAUCUUCCAAAAUUGUAUUUAGA